UUACGUUGCGCGUUGUUGCUUGUCCAACGAAAUAUUCAGAGUUGGACGUUAUUAGUAUUGCCAACAACAUUCCCAAACUGCAGUCAAAGAAACUAAAUGGCAACACUAAUGGGUAAAUAACAAAAAAAUGUCAAAACAGUAUGGCCUCAUUAUUCCCGGGCAACAAAAGAAGGCCCCACCUCCAGUCCAGCGUGAGGUUUCUAAGCCCUCAAUUUUCGAUGAGAGCAGCAGCAGCGCCUCCGAUGAUGAAAAUGGUCCACCACAAAUGCAAAUGAAAAAACCCACAAUGGGACCUAGUAUGAUGGAAAGGCGACGUGCCAAAAACCUCCAGGCGCAGGCUUUGGCUGAAGAUCCCACAAUAUUUCAGUAUGAUGAACUUUAUGAUGACAUGGAGAAUCAACGGGAUGAGGAAAAGAAAGUCAAAUCCAAUGAACCCAAGAAACCAAAGUACAUUACGAAACUUUUGGAAACAGCUGAAAGGAGAAAAUUGGAAAAUGAGUUGCGUGUCGAGAGGCAAGUGCAAAAAGAACGUGAAGCUGAGGGGGAGCAGUUCAAAGACAAGGAAGCUUUUGUCACGUCUUCGUAUCGUAAGAAGCUCGAGGAAAUGCGUAAACUGGAAGAACAAAACAAACGUGACGACUAUUUGGAAGCAAUUGGAGAUGUAAGAAAACAGAAAGAUCUUGAUGGAUUUUAUCGUCAUUUGUACGAACAAAAGAUGGGCUCCACAAAGGAGGUUAAAAAACCUGAAUUACGACCAGAAUUUAUGACGUCUGGCGCGGGUGACAGUGAUACCGAGGAAGUAGCAUAUAAACCCAUCAAAUCUGGCAAACCUGCGCAACAGAGAGCCUAUCGCAAACGACGAUCUUCCAAUGAAGAAGAUGAGGAGGCAGCUAAAGAUACAUCCCUCACCGAGCUUGGUGUCGAUAAAAAACAACAUUUAACCAAUAACAUUGAUGCGGAUUCAGAUUUUAGCAUAGAUGAUUCAUCGUCGACCUCUUCUGAGGAAUCAGCAAACAGUGGUGAUGAAAGUGCAACACCAAACAAGAAGCCGAAGAAGAAGAAAAAUAAAACAAAAACAAAGGAAUCUACAAACAACUCGGAUACAAGUACAAAAAUAGAUUCUAGUAAAAUUGCCCUUAAUUUAGAUUCCCUGAAAAAGGAUAAAACCGAAAACACAACAGAGUCCACGGUAAAAACAGGAAAUAUUCCAACAGAGACACCGGCUAAAUUACCAGUACCGUCAGUCGAUAUUGAAGAAGAAAAUGCAAGUCCACCGCCGGCGAAACCAAAACGUGAUAAAGCUGAAGUAUGGAAAAAACGUACCGUAGGUGAGGUAUUUGAGGCAGCUGUCCAACGAUAUUAUGAACGUAAGGCGGCGAGAAGUCAAGCAUAAAAUACGUAUGUUAGGCAUUUUAACUAUAGCGAAAAAUAAAGUAAACAUUUCUAUAAAAGUAAAAA